CUGGUCCUGUCCUGGUACCCACCUGGCAUGGCUGAUGAUAACGGGGAACCCUCAGAUGACCUGGUGCCCGCCAUUCUGGACACUGCCCAUCAGCACGACAUCCAGGUGGCCUUCCACAUCCAACCCUACAAGGGCCGGGAUGACAUCACUGUACAUGACAACAUCAAGUACAUUAUUGACACGUAUGGCUCUCAUGGUGCAUUUUACCACUAUAAGAACAGCAUGGGCAAGAGCCUCCCACUCUUUUAUAUCUACGACUCAUACUUGACAUCACCUGAGGCCUGGGCCCACCUCCUGACACCAAAUGGGCCUCACUCAAUCCGCAACACCCCCUAUGAUGGGGUCUUCAUAGCGCUGCUGGUGGAGGAGGGCCACACACAUGACAUCCUGGCCGCUGGAUUUGAUGGCAUGUACACCUACUUUGCCUCCAACGGUUUCUCCUUUGGCUCCUCGCAUCAGAACUGGAAAGCUGUGAAGAACUUUUGUGAUGCCAACAACCUCAUGUUCAUUCCCAGUGUGGGGCCUGGCUACAUUGACACCAGCAUACGGCCCUGGAACAACCACAAUACGCGGAACAGAGUCAAUGGCAAGUACUAUGAGACAGCCCUGCAGGCGGCCUUGACAGUGAGGCCUGAGAUUGUCUCCAUCACCUCCUUCAAUGAGUGGCACGAGGGCACCCAGAUCGAGAAGGCCAUUCCCAAGAAGACACCAACUCGCCUGUAUUUGGACUACCUGCCCCAUCAGCCCAGCCUGUACCUAGAGCUGACCCGCCGCUGGGCAGAACACUUCAUCAAAGAGAAGGAGCAGUGGCUGAUGUGAUAAGCAGGCAUGUGGUGCUGAUGUCCCAGCAUCAAAGGAAAAUGUCACCAUGUGGGGCUCAGCUGAGGUCUUGUCCCUAAGGCAGCAGAUGGGUGCUUCUGGGUGAGCCUUUAGGCCUAGGCCCAUGUAGAACAGAGCCCGUUCCUCAGGCAAGUGGCGCUGGGGUGCUCUGCAGUGAUGGGAAGCUAGGCAGUGUUCCAGAAAACAAUAGAAGCCGACAGGUGACUGGACCAAGCCCAGGGAAGCCCACAGCCUCAGAACACUUUCAUGUAAUCCCUUGUAGUUGAACUCUGUGGCAGGUUGGUGUUGUGUCAUGGAGUCACCCUGUCACUGCUCUUGGAAGGGCAUCAGGGUUCUGGGCUAGCAUGCACGCUGCUCCCUUCUGCCAGCCUUUGUCCUUUCUUCAGGCUGUUCCCAUAUCAUCUAUCUUCUCUAAGUUAGGGAACCAUAUUUGAGACCUUCUAAAAGGGAACUUCUAGGUUUAAGCUCCUCCCAGUAGAUUCCUGAACCCAAUUAUCAGGAAAUUAUCCUGAGCAUUCACUCAUUCGAUACCCACUAACCGAGCACUUUACUAUGUGCUAGGUGCUGGGGAAAACUUGACCAAGGAACAGUUCCUGUCCUCCUGAAGCUUACAGGAUCCAGCUUUCCUUAUUUGGUGUGGCCUUGUAGCUAGUGCCUGGGCAGUUAUCAGUUUUUCUUUUUUACAGUUUCACCCCCUGCUGGGAGUUGUUCUUUUUCCUCUUUAAGAAAAUACCUCUGUGCUCCAGAGCCUACCUUUUCCCAGGUGAACAUUUAGCUCCAGGGAGAGGACUAAGGACACCCCUCCCUUUAGCUGCCUGAAUUGAAUGAGGCCCACUCACGAAAGCCAUUUCUAGUGCUACUGUGAUAUUAAAGAUGGAGUGGUAUUCUCAAGUGAGCAUUCCUUUUGCUCUCUUCAAGUCUUCUCAGAGUUUUUUGACAAAUUGACAUAUUGGCUGGGCGGGCUAUAGUUUCAGCACAAUGAAGAGUUAGUUUGCUUAAGAAAUUCCUAUUAAACAGUAUUUCUAGAGAAUAAUUAACCAGCCAGUGCUUAUUUACAAAUAAACUAAUAUGCUAAUUGCCAGGACCCUCAUUAAAGCAGGCUCUGGGGACACUUUCUUGGCAACAUCCUUAGGACCUACUUGAAAAUGUGUGCAUUGGAAAUCACUGUACUGAGAAGCUUAUGGGCAAGACUGAAUCGGACAUUUUCUCUUUUUUUUCUGGUGGCUGGCCAGAACGGGGAUCCGGACUUGUGACCUUGGUGUUACAAGGCUGCGCUCUAACCAACUGAGCAAACCAGCCAGGACCCAAGACUGAAUUGGAAUUCUCGGAACUGGGAUGUAAGAGGGGAGAGGAGGAAGUGGACCCCAGCCCGUUAGGUAACUGAUUUGAAACACCACUGGUUAUAUGAGCAGGCCUGGCUGCCUGGUUUGUGUCAUAGUUGGGGAAACCAAGGCAGGCAGGGACAGUUGAAAGGGCUGGCUUUUGACCUGUAGCAAUUUACAGAAGGUAGUAGCAUUGAGGCUUCAUUUCACACAUAAACAAUUUGAAAAAUACUAAAAAUAUGGCAAGUCCAGGGGGCAGGGGCAGCGAUUCUCACACACUGCUGACAGCUAUAUAAAUUAAUUCAGUUCUUUUGAAGGCUAAUCUAUAUCAAGAGCCAUAAACCAUUCAUACACUUUGACCUGGUAAUCCUACCCUGAGGAAGCAAUUCAAAAGAAAAAAAAUAAACCAUUUACAAAUAUGUUUAAUAGCAGCAUUUUUUUUAUAUGAAAGAAAAAGUUUAAAUGCCCAACAACAAUUAUGUUUAGCACUUGGUAUACAUACGAAUAAAUAUAAAAGGCUGCUGAGUA